UUGCCCUGGAGACACAGCGAGAAGCAGGAGAGAGCAGCGCUGGCAGCACCCCGAGGUGCCCCCGAGGGAGGUGUCUCACCUGCACACACAGGUCCCGGCGGUGACAGCCCAGCGCGGGUGAGGAUCCAGCGCGGGUGAGGACGCUGCACACCCCGGGCUCGGGCUCCCACCCUCCCGUGCUGCUGCCCAGGGGGAUCCAGCCCCCCGCGAGCCCCCAGCCCAUGGUGGGCCAGAGCCCCCUGAGCCCGGAGCUCCUGGCCGUGCCCCUGGAGCCCUUCGUGCACCAGGUGGGCGGGCACACGAGCAUGCUGCGCUACGACGAGCACACCGUCUGCAAGCCGCUCGUGUCGCAGGAGCUCAGCUUCUACGAGUCGCUGCCCUGGGCCAUGCGGCAGUUCACGCCCCAGUACAAAGGUGUUGUCUCAGUGCACCUCAAGAAGGACAGCCUGGGCAACCUGACCCUGGUGGCCAGCCCUGGCACCGAGCACGGGCUCGUCAAGAGGAGCCACACCCAGGGCACCAAGACCUUCCGAGACAGCUGCUCGGGGAAGGUGCUUUUGAGAACAGACCUUCAGUACCACACAGACUCCCUUUUGGAAGAUGCAAAUGGAAACCAGCCAGAAAGAAAGAGCUACAACCCCUGGGGACUGCACUGUCACAGGCAGCACCUGAACCGCAUGUCCUCCAAGCACAACGAGAACAAACUUCAUCAGUUUCUGUUGCUGGAGAACGUGGUAUCCAAGUACAGCUACCCCUGUAUCCUGGACCUGAAGAUGGGCACACGGCAGCACGGGGAUGACGCCUCGGAGGAGAAGAAAGCCCGGCACAUCAAGAAGUGCGAGCAGAGCACCUCGGCCUCGCUGGGCGUCCGCAUCUGCGGGAUGCAGGUUUACCAGGCGGACACUGGCCAUUUCCUGUGCAAGGACAAGUAUUUUGGCAGGAAGCUCUCCCCGGAGGGGUUCCGGCAAACCCUGCGCCAGUUCCUGUGCACCGGGAACCAGCUGCGCACGGACCUGCUGGAGCCCAUCGUCCUGCGGCUCAAGGCCCUGCUCUCCGUCAUCAGGAAGCAAAGCUCCUACAGGUUCUACUCCAGCUCCCUCCUCAUCAUCUACGACGGGCAGGAGCCCAAGGAGAGCGCGGCACCCUUGGAUCAUCACCUUCCCCUCCCGAAAACACACGGCGCGAACCCCGCCAGGGUGGACGUGCGGAUGAUUGACUUUGCCCACACCACCUUCAAGGGCUCCAAGAGCAGCCCCACCCCCUAUGACGGGCCGGACCACGGCUACAUUUUUGGCCUGGAGAAUCUCAUCAAAAUCCUGCAGAGCCUCUCAGAAGGAAAAUGAGAAUUUCUGUGGAACAGCCUGGAUUUCCUAGUGACCGAUAGCCCUGCAAAUACCGCCCGGGGUCAGCUGGGUGGGACCCCCCGGGUGCUGGACACCCCGUGCCUGGCGUGGAAUGAGCAUGGAUUGCUCGGAAGUGCUGAAAACUCCACAUGCCAUUACUGAGCUGAAGCGUGAAAAGCAAAGAGCUGGGAGAAUCUGCUCCCUCUGCCAUCCAUCAGAAGAUUUAUUUUCCUCUCUGGUUUUACUGCUAUCCUUGAUUUAUUUGUGAGCCAAAGAAAGCAUUACUUGGAAGAGUCUUAAUGAUAAGCCAGGACCUGCUCACCCCGACGCUCACGAAGCCGAGCGGGCCGAGGGGAUUCUGGGUGUUUGGGGCAGGAAUGAACAGACUGCAGUGUUCAUUCAGCUCCUGCUCCAGGGGGGAGAAAACCACACCCCAGCAUUCCUGCUGCGCCUGCCCGGCGCCGUGGGAUGGUCGGGGUUCUCUGUGCAGGGGUUCAAACACACCUUGAGGUGCUGCAGGGAGUCUGUGCAGCUCCAGGAGACCAAGAACUGCCCCCUCACCAAGCUUUGACAUCCCUGCAGGGUUAUAACAGGGCGUGUUUCAGGAAUUUUCUAAGCAAGGGGCUGAAAUGCGAUGACUCUGUCAGGUAUCAGUCACAAAAAACAUUCACAUCAAGGGAUUUUUGCUUAAAAAAAGGAAAAAAAUAAAAAGAAAAAAAGUGUGAGACUGAGUCAGGGACUGGACGUCAAAGGUCACCCAGAAAUUCUUUGAUAUAAAUAUUGUGUGUGUGUGUUUGAAAGAGAGGAUAACAAAAGACUCAAAAUAAUGUUUACAGCUUUUGUGGACAGCUUUUAUUAUUAUUAUUAUGGAACAAAAUAUAAUUCCUUCCUGCAUGAUGUGGGAAACCUGAAGGAGAAGUUCCUUGCACAAGGAAUUGAGCUACAGAACUCCAUUACCGGGGAAUGGGGAUAUAAAUAAAAUUG